UGUGGCUGUUCCUGUCCGUCCCCUUCCCCGGGAUUAUGACGGGCGUUUCCUGCCGGCGGCUCUGAGAGGUGGCUUCGGUCGUGGCGGAGCGGAGGAAGUGGCCCUCCGCUUGUCCGGCAUCCUUCCUCCAGAAGAGUCGGCGCGGCCUGGCCCGAGGCGGCCAUGGCGGACUUCGAUGAGAUCUACGAGGAGGAAGAAGACGAGGAGCGGGCCUUGGAGGAGCAGCUGCUGAAGCACUCUCCGGACCCGGUGGUGGUGCGCGGCUCAGGCCAUGUCACUGUUUUUGGGCUGAGCAACAAAUUUGAAGCCGAAUUUCCUUCAUCGUUAACAGGAAAAGUUGCACCUGAAGAAUUUAAAGCCAGCAUCAGCAGAGUGAACGGCUGUCUUAAGAAGAAUCUCCCAGUUAACGUCCGAUGGCUACUCUGUGGCUGCCUUUGCUGCUGCUGCACUUUAGGCUGUAGUAUGUGGCCAGUGAUUUGCCUCAGUAAAAGAACACGAAGAUCGAUUGAGAAGUUAUUAGAAUGGGAAAACAAUAGGUUAUACCACAAGCUGUGCUUGCAUUGGAGGCUAAGCAAAAGGAAAUGUGAAUCGAAUAACAUGAUGGAAUAUGUCAUCCUUAUAGAAUUUUUACCAAAGACACCAAUUUUCCGACCAGAUUAGCAUUUGCUUGACUUAGAGACUUUCUCAAGUGUGUUGUCUUUCCAACGGUGCCUUGCUCGGUGCUCUACUGGUGGUGAUACAGCGUUGGUUCUACAGAAUCUUGUGGUGUUUUCCAUUCUUUGUGUUGUUGUUUUUUAUAACCGCAUGUUCAAAGUGCAUUUUGUCCAAUAUUGCAGAAGUCAUUUCAUGCAAUGUCAUAGAUAUUUAAGUUAUUAUCUGUCCCUCCUCUGUUGUCCAUGUAUCCUGAUUUUUCAGUCUUUAUAUAUACAUUUAUGUGUGUAUGUGUUUGUGUGUGUAUGUAUACACGCACACAUAUAUAGCUAUAAAUACACAACCAAAAAUAGCUAUGAGAAGGUAUUUUAACCCCAAGAUACACAUCUAUAAAUUGUGAGAAUUGGCAGUCACUCUGGCCUCUGCAUCAUCUGCAUCAUCUCUUUGAUAUUUCCAGAUUUUGCCAAUGACAUAUCUGUCCAUAUCAGUUUUUUUUUUCUCCUCCAUUUUGGAACAUCAAGAAGCCACCUGUGAGGUGAUUGGCAGCAGCACUGGUUGGCAUCCAAACAUCUGUUCUCUGUUCCAUGAAGAAAACACCUGUCUGCUCUAAAGGUGUUCAUCCCCACGACACUUGAACUUGGAUUGCUAUUGUUCCACGAGAAAGAUUGGUGAUCGAUUUUUGUGUCCCAAUGGUUAAUACUGCUCAGGAUCCUUUUGAAAUCAUUAGUGUUCCAUAGCAGGCGGUGCAGCUGCAAUGUUGGUCAGUCUCUUAACUUUUGCUAAGAGAUCAGGAGGGAACUUCAUAAAGUCCGUCUCCUCCUAGCGUUUUAAGCUCAGGUAUAAAAGAAAUAGACCAUGACCAGAUCUGCAGUGGCUGAGAGGGAGAAUGUGUAGAUGUUGUCACUCAGGUUGCCAACACAAGGCAGGAGCCUCACUGUUGCAUGGGAUGGAGGGCUCAUUGAUAUCAUCAGCAACACCAGCACUUGACCAAAAUUCUAUUGCUUAACCAUAGAAUUUUGACUAAAUGCUAGUGUCUCACCCAUGUCAUGCUGACGUCACUUCUGGUUAUGCUGUAAGCAGUGUCAGCAUGUUAGAAUGCUAGCGGCUGCCCCCCUGUUUCCCUGCAUUCUUGUUUCACUCAGUUGAGCUAUGGUGGGAAGGGCCUGGUGGGGGGGGGCAGGAGAUCCCUGGCCCCCAGCCGGACCAUGGCAACCCUAAUUGUGGCUAAUACCAUAUUAAGAGCUUUACUGUUUUUGUCGUUUGCCAGAACUAAUAGUACACAAGAACGCAAGACUGUUAGAAAUAUAUUAGUUAAAAUAUUUACUUUGGAAUGAGGUUUUUAAAUGUUAGUGUUUUACCCCAAUCCAUUGAAAGUCAGUGGCUCUCAAUUCCUAUUUAAAGCAAUGUAAUUUCAGUGGGACAUAAAAAAAAAAUACAACUAACUUUUUAUUUUUAAAGUCUCCAUUGAGUUGGGACCUCUGCGUGUAAAUCAUUGGAAAUGUUGUGCCAGAAGUUGUGUCGACUUUUGCAUCUGUCUGCCAGAUGUAUAAAUCAAAAAUGGAUUAUUUGACUAAUAGCUUACAGAAUGUAUUGGGUAAAUACUACAUCCUGACUUCUUUUUUUAAGUUUACAAGUUAGCUUUUUUUUUUUUUGCACAAAACAUUUUUAAAGUAUGGAUAUGUGAUAGUAUGCUUCAGUCAAGCCAGUUUUUAGUUUCUGUCCAUCAUUCUUGGCUGUGCAUAUCUUCACGUAUUAUGUUUAAUGCCUACCUAAUGCUGUUAUUUCUCAAAAUGUGUCCUGUUUGAUUUUAACGUACCUGAGCUAUCACACAUGUUAAGGGCCUAUUCUUCAUGUAGCAGAGCAAUAAUGUGAAUAGUCCACAAAUGCAUCCUGCUUACUAUUUGUAUUAAUGACAAGUUUACUCUGCAAGGAUACUGUUUUUCUUUUAAUUGUUUAAAUACAAGUUUCACAUUGUUGUCAUUAAUCAGACAUGUUGAUUGCAUAUUCGUUUGAUGUUUGCUGUUCGUUGGCAGAUCUUCAUUAGCAGGUUGCAUAUCCUCUGUGGCCGUGGUGGCAAGAAUGUUCUAGAAAUGUAUUUUGAGUCAACUUUUGUCUAGGCACUCUUUGCAUGUCACAAAAUACAGUUCUUCCACUA